AUGGAGAGCCCGACGCGCGGCAACGGCACGCGCACGGUACACCGACCGCUGCCGGCGGAAAGUCCUUCUUCCUCUCCUGCGGCUUCACACGCCGGCCCGUUCAGGGUCGGCCGUGCCUUCAGUCCGAGCUCUCCUUUGACCGCAUCUCCCGCCCCGCGCGCGUCGGCGGCUGUCCUCGGUAUUCAGUUCCCAGUCGCGUCCGAAUUGUUCAGUGUUCCUCUCCGCGCCCGUUUCCGCCCGCGUCUGUUUACCGCGACACUGCCCCGGAUUCCGGAUUCCGCUCUACCGCAGCUCGAAUCGCAUCCCGGUCUAUUUUCUCGCAUUCCGCGUACCGCCGAAGCCGCGCUCAAGCCACGCCUUCGGCGCUCGUCCGUGAUAACAGACACCCGGUUUCACUUCUGCUUAUCCUCCGGGCGCCGCUCUCCGUUCCGCGAGCCUAUCGCCCGUUUAUUCCGGACGUUCUCCUAUCGAAGCUGCGAAACGUGCACCUCCGUCGCAAAAAUGCGAUUUUAUUUUACGGGCUCCGAGCGUCGCUACGGCACCGUCGAAAUCUAUCGUUGUGGCCGCGCGUUCUCUGCAGACAAAUGA